AUGACGCAGGACGAGCAGGAGGAGAAGAGCCUGGAGUGGCACGCCGGGGUCUGGCGCCGCUACACCGAGCCCUUCCGCGAGAACAAAGCCACCACCAUCGGCGUGCUCUACGACGGCGAGCGCGGCACCCUCGGCUUCUACAAGGACGAGCGCUGGCUGGGCGUCGCCUUCAGCGGGCUGGGCGACGUCACGGAGUCGCUGUAUCCUGUGGUGUCGUCGACGGCGGCCAAGACGGAGCUCACUCUCGGAACCACCCGCAGGGGCUGGGCUGGCCUGCAGGACCGUGCCCGCCACGCCCUCCUCUCCGCCCUCGCACACCCGCACCUUCUCUACACGCUGCCGCUGCCGCCCGCGCUGCGAACCUACAUCGAGGACGACCUGCCGCCCUCGAGCGCCAAUGCCAAGGACGUCCUCAUCCCCACUACCACGGGGCUCUCCCGCUCCUCCUGA